AUUGGACCAUGGAACUGAGCAGACCAGUGAGAUGAUCGCAGUACGCAGACUUGUGCAAGUGACAUGUGUUCAUUAUUGCCUUGGAUACAUACAUUCAUUUUAUUUACAUUGUUUUGAAUACAAUUUUAAUUUCUUACACUAUUUGCAGCUUAUCUGGUAAAUAUGGACAGUAUUCUUUCAAAGCUUUUCGCCUCCGAGACAGAAGAGUUGUAUGUUUUGGACUGCCUGGCAUACUUCAUGAUUUUCAUGGCUGCUUGUACCUUCAUAACAUUACUAUUUGAGAAUGUCCCCUAUGGCAGAUACGCAACAAGCAGAUAUGGAUUCCCCGUCAACGUCAAAUUCGCCUGGUUCGUGCAGGAACUACCUGCUUUUCUGGUGCCACUGUGCCUUGUGCUGUGGACUUCUGCGGCGAAAACCACUUAUCUUCCCAAUCAGUUACUGCUGGUCAUGUACUUCUGCCACUAUGUGCAAAGAGCUCUCAUCUAUCCAUUUUUAAUUCGUGGAGGGAAAUCUACACCAUUUGCAUCAUUCGCCUUGGCCUUUGUGUUCUGCAUCUAUAAUGGCUACAUGCAGGUUAGAUACCUGAGCCACUAUGCAGAGUACUCUGCUGAUUGGGUUACCAGCCCUUGCUUUAUCACAGGCUCUGCGCUAUGGUUGGUGGGUUGGUUGGUGAACGUUCACUCAGACCACAUCCUGAGGAACCUACGGAAGCCUGGAGAGAUCAGCUACAAGAUACCAACAGGUGGGCUGUUUGAAUAUGUGUCUGGAGCAAACUUCUUUGGUGAGAUAACAGAGUGGGCGGGAUUUUCCCUGGCGGCUCAUUCUGUCCACAGUGCAUCCUUCGCCAUCUUCACUCUCAUUGUUCUUGCCAGCAGAGCCUUCGCUCACCACAGGUGGUACCUUCAGAAAUUCGAAGACUACCCCAAAUCCAGGAAGGCAUUGAUACCAUUUGUAUUAUAAUGAUUCACUACAAUGAUCCAACCUCCAACAGCCCAACGCAACGAGCUGUGACCCUAUGCUACAUCAUCUGGGGUCUGGUUAGGUUUGUUAUUGCUUGUUUGUUUGGGUUUACCUCAAGAGAAUACAUACAAGGAUGAACACAAUGAGUACUGACAAUUCUAUUCACUGGGAGGAUAUGAAGAGCUCCAGAAACCACAACACCAAUGACAAGAUUAUGAAACAUGCCCUGAUGGAGGCUACAAUGUCAAGUUGAGGCAAUUUAUUUUAUUGAGAAAAAAAAAAUCCUCCAAGAGUGGCUGGAUAUAUUUUUCACAUGGUUGCACCUCAGCUCUCACCAACUUGGUUAUGUCCCGCAAUGAGAUUUACUAUAGAAUGUGGCGACUAUUACUUUUACGAUACUUUCACAGCGGACCAACCAACAGAACCAAUCCAUCUUACAAAGGUUCAGCUCCAUUUCAACACAUCCCCUAACCUCUACCCUUCCCCUAACUCCCUGCAGCAGUGUUUGAGAAUGAGCCAACCAUCAAAACACAAUCUGUCAGUAGAGCUCUAGUUUCCCUGGUGAGACAACCCAGUGCUAGAAGGACUGAGAAUUAACUUCCUGUCAACACAUAGGAAUGCACACAGACAGAUUUCACUGCUUGUGGAAGAAACUAGCUCUUUGUAUAUUCGUGCACUCACGUGUGUGUCAGAGGAAUCUGUCGUGAGCAGUGUUGUAGUCUUCCCCUAUGAUUUGUAGUGCUAGCAGCACUGAGGAUGAACCAACCCUUCACUGCACACACACUUCGUGAGGCGACCACAGCCUUAGGGCUGAAAAUGGGGUUGUGAACUAGAUACAAAUGAGAGAAAUGCUCCAUUCAGUCAGUAAGGCCACUGGAUUAGUUUAUCACCCAGAGCUUGUUGCUGCCA